GUUUGAUGAACACAUUGUGAUGAUUUUUAAUUAAUAAAUACUUCCAUUAAAUAUGAGAAAAAUUUGCGAGAAAGUGCAAGAAAUCACUCCAUCCAAAAAUAUGGAUCAACUUAGAUUGGAAGUUUUUCCCAAAUCUAAAGAACUUGAGGUUUUACUAAAACAAGCAAUAAUGGAAAAUGAAUUAAUUUUCGGGAUGAUGACGGCCGAUCGACUUCAACUUAUCACGGAUGCAAUGAAACCUCGAAAUCUAUCGCCUGGAAAAUUCCUCUUAACAGAAGGCAAGAAAGGAUCGAGAUUUUAUAUUACUAUCAAAGGAGAAUUCGAAAUAUUUAAAGGCCAAAUCAUGUUGAAACGUUUCGAUCACGUGACAGUACUAGGAGAAACAGCGAUGCUAUCUAAAGUGAAGCGUUUUGUGUCAAUAAAAGCUGUCACUUCGGCAAAAGUAUAUUCGCUGUCAAGAAAAGUUUUCGAUGAGAUAAUGACUUUCACAGCAGAUGCCGGAAAAGUUACAUUUCACCCUACAAAAAGAGACGAGCAAGUGAAAAAAGAAGCAAUCGAAGCUAGACGACCUUUGAAUGUGGGAAAAAUGUCCGAGCUCAAUCAUAUCCAACUAGAAGAUCUGACGCCACUUGGAUGUUUAGGAAAAGGCGGAUACGGAAAAGUAGAUUUAGUUCAAUACAACAAUGAAAAGCUGUUUGCUUUGAAAUAUUUAAAAAAGUUUGAUAUUGUGCAAUGUCAACAGCAAAAACACGUGUUCAAUGAAAAAGAAGUCAUGCUUUCCUGUGAUUGCCCGUUUAUUGUCAAGCUUUAUCGAACAUUUCAUGACUCGAGAUAUCUGUAUUUCCUAAUGGAGCCUUGCUUAGGUGGCGAAGUGUGGAAACUUCUUAAAAAUUAUAAAUUUUUCGAUGAGCCAACUACCAAAUUCUUUGCCGCAUGUGUUACAGAAGCUCUCGACUAUUUGCACCGUCGUCACAUAGUCUACAGAGAUCUCAAGUCCGAGAAUCUCAUGCUUGACACGCGAGGCUAUCUAAAACUUGUAGAUUUUGGAUUUGCCAAAUUCCUCAAGCCAAAUGAGAAAACGUACACAUUUGUGGGAACACCAGAAUAUACAUGUCCAGAAAUAAUUACGAACAAGGGACACAACAAGUCGGCGGAUUAUUGGUCUCUAGGAAUAUUCAUAUUUGAAUUAUUGGUGGGAAAACCGCCGUUCGGUGGCAAAAAUCCAAUGAGGAUCUACAACAACAUCUUAAGAGGCAUUGUAGCAGUUGAAUUCCCAUUGAAAGUCCCCAAACGUGCGCAGUCACUGAUCAAAGAUUUGUGUCAACACAAUCCCGUACUCAGACUGGGAAACCUGAAAAAUGGAGUAAUGGACAUCAAAAAUCAUUCCUGGUUCCACGACAUUAACUGGGACAAAAUACGUCAUCAAACAUUUCCAUCUCCAUUCGUUCCACACAUAGUUAAAACAGAAGAUUACCAUUUUUUGGAACAAAUCAAUGAAGACCCGCCCGAAGAGACGUCCGGAUGGGACGAUGACUUUUGAUAUGAUGUACUUGUCAAGAGGUUGCGACUUUUUAAUUUAAAAUUCAAAUAAAAUUUUCUUUUCUGUAAAACA